AUGUCCAAAGAAUUCAAAGAACUUAAGAAGGAAAUGAAAAGAACGCAAGGGCCAAGAAUUUUGACUCGAAGUUGUCAUUCCGGCCUAUCCUUUGAAUUUUCAGAAAGUCCAUUAAUUGCGAUCAAUUUUUUUUCUUUAUUUCUUAAUCAUCAAUCGAACGCGUCUCGUCUCCGUUUGUCUGUCUCUGCUGGUCUCGUCUCUGUAUGUCUGCCGCUUCUGGUCUCGUCCCCGUCUGUCUGCUUAUCUAUCUAUCUAUCUAUCUAUCUAUCUAUCUAUCUAUCUAUCUAUUCAGAGGUGGUCGCUUUACAGGACACUGUGGCGGCAUCGAACAGACGAUACGAGGGAAUGCACCGUCUUCGUCCGGAUCUUCUACUACUACUUACACAACAGGAUGCUGUUAUUCCAACCGGAAAACCAACAAGUGGAAUUAGUUGCUCGCUCCUACUCGUUUGUGUUCACUGUAUUACGUGUUCCUCCGUCCACCAGCGUCGGUUGGCCGAUAUCCUUGUAUUUUCCUCUGAAUCGUCCGCAAUACUAAAAGAGACUUCCCUCAAGUCGACGUGUUUCCUGGCCUCUCGUAGUUAUUUAUAUCCCUAUCCAUCUCUCUCUCUCUCUCUCUUUCUCUCUGCAUGCACGCAUAUCUUUCUCUCUGCAUACUCGUAUAUGCCUUUCUCUCUCUCUUUCAGCACAUCUCUCUCUUUCUCUCUGUGCACACCCACAUAUAUCUUUCUCUCUCUCUUUGCAUACCCAUAUGCAUAUUUCUCUCUUGCUCCCUGUGCACACCCACAAAUAUCUUUUAUCGAUCUCUCUCUCUCUCUCUCUCUGCAUACCUGCAUUUCUCGGUCUCUUUUUCUCUGUCUGUCUGUCUGUCUGCAUACACGUAUUUUUCUAUCUCUCUCCCUCUCUCUACAUGACCAUUUUUCUCUUAUUCUCUAUCUCUGUGCAUAUUCGUAUUUUCUCUCUCUUUCACUCUCUCAUGUCCAUAUUUCCCUCUCUGAAUACCCACAUCUCUCUCUCCUCUCCUUUGUGCAUAUCCUCAAUUCUCUCUCUGUCCCUUCUCGUUUAUGCAUCGCAUUUCUCUUUCUUUCUCUCUGUGGACACACGCAUUUCUCUCUCUCUCUCUAUUUCUGCAUACCUGUAUUUCUCUCUCUCUCUCUCUCCCUCUCUCUCUCAACUCAUUUGUGUAUAUCAGCAUUUGCUUCUUUUUUCACUCUUUGUGCAUACUUGUGUGGUUACCUGCAUAGUAGUACGUCUCUCUCUCUCUUCUCGUGCGGUUACCUACAUAUCAGUACGUCUCUCUCUCUCUCUUCUUAUGCGGUUACCUGCAUAUCACAGUACGUCUCUAUCUUCCUCUUCUUGUAUGGUUACCUGCAUAGUAAUACCUCUCUCUCUCUCUCUCUCUCUCUAUCUAUCUAUCUAUCUAUCUAUCGUCUUUCACAGUUACCUGCAUACCAGUACCCCUGUCUCUCUUUCACUCUCUCUUCUUGUGUGGUUACUUGCAUAGUAGUACGUCACUCUCUGUACAGAUCUCUCUCUCUCCCUCUCUUCCUCCUGCAUAUAUUUCUCCUCCGUUUUCUCUCUGUUUACCCCCAGGUGUUCGUUUUAGCGAUAUCCUUAUCUAUCUAUCUAUCUAUCUAUCUAUCUAUCUAUCUAUCUAUCUAUCUAUCUAUCUAUCUCAAUCUCUCCCACUCCCUCUUCCCACCUCUCUCUCUAUCGUUCGUUUUCGGGAUUGAAAAUAUUCAUUAUAUCUUUAUCUAUCUAUCUAUCUAUCUAUCUAUCUAUCUAUCUAUCUAUCUAUCUAUCUAUCUCAGACUUUUCACUAUCUAUCUCAUUCUGUUAAGAUCUAUCUCUCUCUCUCUCUCUCUCUCUUCCUAUCUAUCUAUCUAUCUAUCUAUCUAUCUAUCUAUCUAUCUAUCUGUGGAGUGGAUGGAUGAGGCCGCUACAGAUGCAACGUCCAUGGAGUGCAACAGUCGUGGCACGUGGAAAUCCUGGUCAUCUACUGCAGUCUGGAAGCUUCCGUCCCUCGUACCACCGGAUAAAGACCCCCUCCCCGGGGCUGAGAGAGUGAGAUUACCCCAGGGCAACGAUUUUCCCGGUAUAAAUUCUUCCCGCGAUGGUCGGUUAUUAUAA